AAUCUAGCAAACUGAUUGGAAGUCACACACUAUAUAUAAGGCCAGAUCAGAAGUAGUUUUUAUGUAUGGUUUGGUGAAAGCUUUUUCUGUUUAUUUUGUAGUUUUUGUGUUGAGAGUAGUGUAUAGUUGAUUUGACUAUGGGUGUUAAAACUAUGGGUGUUAAAACUAUGUGGAUUUUAAGUGUUUCUUUAGCAGUACUUUUAGCCCUUGGCACAUGUGAUUAUGACACUGCAACUAUUUAUACAUACAGCCCUGGCAGCAGUGGAGGGAAUCCUAGAUCUGAAAAUUCCAGUCCAUUCAUGCAGGAAGUGAAACAAAGCCUCUAUAGCUUUUAUGGACUAACUGAUGUACUUGGACCAGUCAGGAAGGAUACAGUUAAAUGGGGCUAUGAUGCUGGUAGCUACAGAUCUCAGACUGGCUCUUCAGGCACUCCAGUGACAAGUAAUAAACCAGACUCUGAAUCUCAUGCUACAAGCCAACCAGGAUUUCAAGUUGGUUCAGCUGCGAGUGGUAGUCUUGUUUAUGGUUCUGUGAGAAAUCCAGUGAAUAUGGGUGUGUCUGGGUAUGAUUCAAGUCAGUCAACUAAUCUCCAAGUCUCUGAAGUAAUCAGUUCUUCGGACUUGACCCCAUUGCAACAAAGCAGUUAUUCUGUUUCUAAGCCUAAGCCAGUACAGGUAGUUUCCUCAAUUCCACUUCGAAUUAACAGUAUGUCUGUGGCAAAGCCCAGUAGCCAACAAAUUGUGCAGACCAUUUCCCAGUCCAGCAGUGAGCAACCAGUGAGCUCUGGAACAGUGUCCCAGUCCAGCCCUCAGCAAUUCUCUCUAUCCAGUGGUAAACCAAUGUCUCAGACUAGCCUCCAGUCUGCAGUGCAGUCUGAUAGAUGGCCCCUCAAGCCUCUGAAAGGUAAACCCCAUCACUCUGGUUCCUGGCCAGUUCAUAAUGUGGCAACCAGCUUUUUAAAGCCUUUGCAAGCUUCAAAACCUAGUUUAUCAAUAUCGCAGUAUGGCAGUGUACCAAGCAGCCUAGCUGUGGCUAGCUAUGAACUCGUGAGCCAAUCAGCCCAGUCCAGUGGCCAAACUGUAAAUCAACCAGGCAUCAUACAAUCUCCCAGUGUCAUUGACCUCUCUGUGGUCCAGCCCAGUAGUCCGCUAAUUCAACAGGCAGUUGACACCUCUGUGUCCCAAGCCUCCAGCCAGCAGCUAAUACAGGCAGGCCAAUCUGUCUCAACGCCAAAUGUACAACCAGUAGAUGCAAGUUAUGUUUUUGUGGCUCAACCCAAUGGACUGCAGCCUCCCAAGCACCACAAGGGUAAACAUCACUUUGGGUCUAAGCCUUUCAAUACUAGUCCUCACCAGACACUAAGAUUUACUUCUGUAGGUCAGUCCAGUAGCCAGAUGCCAGCACAAACCAGCUACCAGUCUGUGUCUCAACCAUCUCUACAACUGCCAGUACAAGCCAGCUACCAGCCAGAGGCUCAGUCUCACUCCCAACAGCCAGGACCAACAAGAUACCAGUUGGUAGCCAAGCCCAAUGUUCAAGAGCCACCAAAGAUUAGCUUUUCUGCAGCGCCACUUGCUCUUCAAAAACCAGCACAAACUAGCUACCAGUUGGUGGCACAACUAGGUGUCCAACAGCCAGCACAGGUAAGCCUACCUGUAGCCCAACCAAGCCAUCUGCAAGAAGCACAAUCCAGCUACGAGUAUGUUGCCAAGCAGAAUGGGCAAACCCUUUUCAACCCAGUGCAGUCCCAUGAGAUUCAUCAAAUUGGCUCCAAACUUUAUUCAUGCCAUGAGUUACCACAGCACAGUUACCAGCGGAGGCAUCCGUCUCCAUCUACACCUAGUCUUCCAACCCUAGCUCAGGAUUUCAAGCCUGUGGUUCUGCCAAGUGAUCCGAUUCCAAUGGACCUGAACCCUCUCAGUUCUCUCGCAUCUACUUUCAAACCAGCACAUCUGCGUGAACAUCCUGUCUUGCAGUCUGUAGUGCUUAAAAACGAACAACCAGUUGAGCUAGAGAUCCAAUCAAGUGAUUUGUCUCUUGUCAAGCCUGGACCAGUGACUUCUAGUUUUGUAUCUCAGCCCACUGGUCAUCCUUCAAGACCAUUGCAGCAGCCUGGCUCCCAGCAACCAACCAAGCCGUUGCAAGAUGUGUUUUGGCCCGUAGUCAAGCCUGACAAACUGAAACCUUCUGGUUUUGAGGCACAAGUACUACCUAGCCAUGUAUCUUCAGUUUCAGGACAGUUUGUUUCCCAGUCUCAAAUUCUGCCAGUUGGUCUGUCUCUUGCUCAGUCUACCUCUUCCCUAGCUGUGCCAGUGCAGGCAAGCCAAUUGGUUUCCCAGUCAAAUGUGCAACCAGUUGAUAGACAUUCUGUUUUUGUGGCCCAGCCCAGUGGACUGACUCCUCUCAAGCACCACAAAGGUAAACACCAUGUUGGGUCCAGCUACCAACCUCAAGUUCUGUCAAGUUCUGGGACUGUUUUGCAGCCUGUAUUACAGACUACUUCAGUGGUUGUGCCAUCAAGUUACCAGUCUACAAGUUCCCAAGCCUGGAGUAACCCAAUAGUUUCAAACUUCGAGUCUGUGCAGCCUGAACUUCCAAUUCAAGCACAGUUGACUUAUCAGUCUGUCACGGAUCAAAAUGCUCCUGGCCCUGUUGAAGGCAGCAGGCAUCCAUCACAGAAGUUGCUCAAGCUGUUGCAACAAGUAAAGUCUUAGGUGUUGUUUGCAAUUUUCCUGAUUAAUGUUUACUUUCUGAUGAAAAAUAAAAAAAUUUUUGUAUUUGACA